AUGAUAGUGGUCUCCUUGAAGGAGGUGGGAACCUCACACUGGAGUGAGGAGAGACUAAAGAUGUCUGCAAAUAGUCCUGUCAGCUGGUCCAUUCAGGAUCUUAGUGCACGGCUGGCGAUUCCAUCUGGAGCUUGUGAGAGAUUUAAAGAGCUAGUUCCAGAACAUAUUAAAGAUUUUACUCGACGCACUGUAAGAUCUCCUAUACAACAAAUGAUACAAAUCAAUGAGUUAAAGGCAAAUCCAUUUAAGACACGGAUCUGUCGAAUAUUCUCAACGUCCAAAUUGAAUAAUGGCAGCAUUUCCUUUGAAGAUUUCCUUGAUAUGUUUUCUGCUUUUAGUGAAGCAGCUCCAGCCAGUGUGAAAGCUGAAUAUGCAUUCAGAAUCUUGGAUUUCAAUGACAAUGGUGCAAUAGAUCGCUCAGAUUUGAUCAAAUUCUUGGCUUUAAUCACUGGAAAUGAGGUUCACAACAUUCUUACUGACACGGAGAUGAGGAUCAUUAUUGACAUGAUCAUGGCGGAUAUUGAUAUGGAUGGUGAUGACCGUAUAAGCCUUUCAGAAUUUCUUCAUAUUGCAUCAAAAAUGCCUGACUUUGCGAGCUACUUCACCAUGACAGUCUAUUAA